UUCUGCAUUGUAAUUUACUGCAAUGCGCUGUCUUGAAAUACGAGCUUUGAGAGAAGAUAUAUCCCAUAGCGCUAAUGUGACAGAGCAUUUUUUUUUUUUAACUAUUCAGCAAAAACAGGCUAAGGUGGCCCUAAACUCGUCCCACAGUAAAUAGAAGAGAAUUUUACACUUUGACUGCAGGCUCGGAGCCGUUUUCAGUAAAACAUCGACAACUCAAUAAACGGCCCUUUUUCGAGCAACUAAGCAAGUGCCUUUACCGUCGGCCAGUAUCAAUAUUGACAGAGGGGGAAUGUCUUGUGGUCCAGGUCUGCAGCCUCCACGGAAGCCAUUUUUUUUUUCCCCAAACAGUUCCUGCUUUGUCUUUUAACCUCCUCCGUCUGCAACACUGCAACUUCGCCGUAGGACGGGUAUGUAUAACGCCAAUAUAUCUCGCCUUUAAGCUAAAGCAGAUUUAUAAGACUGGAUAUCGAAAUGAGAUAAACUGCUACAUAAACGUUUGGGUUUUUUUUUUAUAUAUAUAAAUGCCACUUCUGUAUUGGUCUCACGCUCAUUCAAGUAACUGCAUGGAAUAAUUCUGUUGUUUUUCUCUUUGUGAUACAGAUUCUAUUUUCUUUUAAAUCUGGAAAUGCUGCUUGGAUUCCAUCUCGCUGGGACUACUCUACUGCUAUGUUAUGUCCUGUUAAGUUGUGCUUCAGAACAUGACAAGAGGAAAGGUGUAAUAAUUCAAAGCCCUUCCAAAAACGCUGACGGCGCCAUUUCGGUGAUGAGAAAUGACGCAAAAGCAGACGACGGGAGACCCAGAGCUGUCGCCCGAAGGAGGAAGGUCAAAAAGGCAGGAAGUCGAAGAACAAAUGACACCGGCUGCACCAGACUGGGGGGCAUCUGCCAGCCGAACCGAUUCGUCUGCCAAGGUCGAUACCUGACAGACAAAUGUUCAGGGCCCAAAACGCGGCUGUGUUGUAUGCCAGUGGGAGCUUGGAGUGUCCUGUGCGCUGGCCACUACAACAACAGAGUGAGGAGCUGCGAUAUGCACGGCUGUGGAACUUUCAACUCCAGGGGAGGCCUAAAUAGGACAGUGGACUUGGUGUGUGCUGAUUACGCUGCAAUCAGCGCUCCAUUCUCAGGCUCUUUGGCCGGUCCAGUGAGUCAGAAAGAUGCAGCUGGUUUCCAGUACGAUGGCGUCAAACUCGUCAAUGACGAGCACUGUGUAAAGAUCUUUAACAUUCGACCUUUCCGUUACACUGGCAUGGUGGCUCUGGGGGAGCCCCUGGGUUACGUGCUGCCCUUGCAGGAGCACUUUGCCGGCAUCACCUCGCACCUGAAGCUCCAGAUGUGUGACGGCACUGACCCUUCACCCUUCAUCUGAAUGUCCGCGGUGACAUUUUCCUCAUGCCAUUUCCGAAUAUGUAAAUAUACAGUAUAAAAUACAAGAGCAGCAUCAAAUAUACCACCUGUACAGUUUUUAAUUUUGGUUGACAUUGUCAGAGGGAUAAUUUUGUAGAGAAAUGUUUGUUGUUGUGGUUGAUGUUUGCCGGGCUUUAAAAGAACUAAAAUAAAAAAAUACUGAGAAAGAAUUACUUACUGUACAUGAUAAAACAAAAACUCUCAACGCAAACGCUGUCCCACAACAAUCUACAAUUAACAAAAAUACAUUAAAAGAACACCACACUGACUUACCAUUGUGAAAGCAGAAUAUUUGAUACAGCUCUUGUACUGAAUGUCAUUAAACAGUCUCUGCUAGUAGUUAAAAUGUUGUGGCCAGUAAACCUUUACAUUUUGCAAUUAAAUCAAUCUCCAGCUGUUUUUUUUUUUAAAUUAAAUUUACAGAAUGUAUACUACUAGUCUUGCAUGUACGUUUCCUCUGCUACAAGUGAAUAGACCAUUACUGUUCGUGUGACAAUAUGUUGUGUGACUUUUUUUCAGGCCAAACAGAAAUAAACGUUUUAUUUCGUCA